AUGAGCAAGGUUUUCACAAGUGCUGAAGUUGCCCAACACAACAACGAAAAUAGCUGCUGGGUUGUUCUGUACGGAAAGGUCUAUGAUGUAACGCAUUUGCUGUCAAGCCAUCCUGGCGGCGCCCAAGCCAUUUUGCGUGUGGGGGGUAUAGAUGCCACAGACGACUUCGAUCCCAUUCAUCCUCCUGAGACCAUGCAGAGUCUCCAAUCGGCACAAAUCGGAUCAAUUGACUGCGACGAGGAGCCAUUUUGUGCAAGUCAUACUACGGGUCCCACGAACGAAAUCGACGUUAACACCCUCCUGAACCUGGACGAGAUAGAACAGGCCGCCCGCAAGGUAAUCAGCAAGAAGGCAUGGGCCUACUAUUACUCGGCAUCCGACGACAAGAUAACCAAGAACUUUACCACAGAAGUUUACCGAUCACUGCUGCUACGUCCCCGAGUCUUUGUCGACUGCCAGAAAUGCGAUGUGGAGACCGAGCUUUUGGGAUGGAGGCUUGGUCUCCCGAUAUAUAUAUCUCCAACCGCAAUGGCUCGCUUAGGACAUCCUAGCGGGGAGGCGGGACUCGCUGAGGCAUGCAGAGUUUUUGGAGCGCUCCAGAUCAUCGCAAAUAACUCGUCACUCUCCCCCGAGCAGGUGGUGGCCAAUGCAGCACCGACGCAAGUAUUUGGAUGGCAGCUGUAUGUCCAGCGAGACCACAGUGCCAGCGAAGCGAUGCUCGCACGGGUGAACAAGCUAGAUGCGAUCAAGUUUGUGGUGCUCACGCUGGAUGCGCCCGUCUCGGGAAAACGAGAAGAUGAUGAGCGCAUCAAUAUGCAGGCUCAUCCAGCAGGUAGUGUUAGUGCCCAGCUUUUCGCUGGCACAGAUCCGUCUCUCACCUGGCACGAGACUCUUCAGUGGCUGUCACGACACACGAUGAAGCCUAUCAUCCUCAAGGGUCUGCAGACUCAUGAAGAUGUUGCUAUUGCCGCCCGGUAUACACCCCUCGUCUCAGCGGUUAUUCUAUCUAAUCAUGGUGGGAGGUCCCUGGACACGGCACCACCGGCCGUACACACCCUCCUUGAAAUACGGAAGUACUGUCCCUAUGUUUUCAUGAAGAUGGAGGUAUGGGUGGAUGGUGGUAUUCGACGAGGUACCGACGUAGUUAAAGCGCUCUGCCUUGGUGCGAAAGCUGUUGGCAUUGGGCGACCGGCUCUCUGGGGCCUUGGGGCUGGUGGAGUGAAGGGAGUUGAACGAACGCUACAACUUCUGUUGGAGGAGACCAAGACCUGCAUGCGACUCUUAGGCGCUACCAGUAUCAAGGACUUGGGCCCCCACUAUGUCAACUCCAGCGGUGUGGAGCAGCAGAUCUAUCGGACGCCGCCCAAUGUCAAGGAUGAGCGAGCUGUAGCAUACAGGGGGAAGCUCUAG